UCCCACCGCACGGGUCAAGAGCAUACCCCACCGCACGGGUCGAGAGCAUACCCCAUCGUACGAAUACUUAAACGUAUUCCAACGUUUCCACUUUGGGUCAAUUCUGCGCACAGUCCAGGCUACACUCCAUUUUUGGGCACAUAGGCAUCUUUAAUCACUCAGGUUGUACCUUUCUGAGUUACAAAUUCCAGUGUGCAAAUAACUUCUUUCUUAGUGAUUUAUCUCUUGUUUCUUUUUUUCCCUUAAAAUGUAAUGUCUGAUUUGAGCGACCCCACGAACUCGCCGCGUCAAAGAUUUAUUUAGAUUUCUCAGUCGGACUAAAACAUGAGAAAUCCUCUUGACGUGACAACAGCAAUGACCGUAAUUUUCAUUUAUGAUAUCAAGCUUAAGAGGUCACUUACAUUCGGCCAAUUUCAAGUCAACGAAAAGGAAGACAAUUGGAUGCGUUAUCAAUUUUAUCCUGCCUAACCACUCGCGUAUUUAAAUAAGAUGAAAAACGAUCUGCGAAUCCUGUAUACCUACAGCAUAUACUUGAUAAUCCUCAUUCCAGAAUUAGUCACUCUUGUUAAAUGUUUCCCUCAAGCAAAUCACUUUUUGCAAGAGCAACAUAAACAGACGCUGAUGAGUAAGAAACAAGAGAAUGAGAACCUCCUCGAUAGAGAUCGAGACUUGGACAUGGCUCUGAAGUACAAAUACUCGAUCGAUGAGGAAAAUAGUCCUCUGGAUCUACUGGCAAACCUCGAUAGAGAGUUACUGCUGGAGGAACCAGUCUACUACCCUAAAUACUUAAAAACUCACAAACGAGAUGAAAAUCAAGUCCAACGUGGAUGGGGAGCUGGAGGUCUCCCUUUCAAUGCUCUGUACAUGUCCAACUCCUUCAAGCCAGUAUCCACUCGCUCAGAGCAAAUUUACGCUCUUCCUCUCUCUUCUCAAGAUCAACCGAGAGGCGAAAUCAUACCUCCAUCAGCACCACAUAUUGAGGAACUCAGGGGAUAUAAACCAAUCCAGCCCCCAGUCAAACAGAAAGGCUCAUCCAGAAGGUUUCUUACUCUUCCUCAACUUUUCCUCUCUUAUGGUUGGAACUCAAACCGUGUAUGAUCUCUCAAUUAAAUUGUAUUUAUAAUUAAAUUAUGUUCUAUUGUCUAAAAGGCAAAAGCUCACCACCUAUUUAUACUGUGAUUAUAUUGAUUGAAACUCUCUUACCAUUAAGAACAUUGUUGAGUAUUUUGAAUUCAUGAUCAAGUUAUUCUCCUCAGCACGAGCAAAUUCCGCCUUUCAAAAUUUCCUACCCUUACUGAAGCUGCUUAAUUUAUGAACAAGAAAGAUCCAAAAUUCUGGAGCAAUCUUGUAAAUAAAGUGUUUUGAGUGAACAAAGUAAAUCAUAUUGUUCCUACUGAGUAGUUUGAUUAUUUGAACACUGCUAAGGGAAAAUGAAAAAUCACACAAAAUUUUGUAUGAUAACGAUGAUCUGUCUUCUGUCAAAAAAUAAAAUAUGACAGAGAAUCUAGAGGUCGCAGGCCUAGUUACACAGUUUCUCAGUUCCACCACUGCUAUAGACCUCAGUCAGCUUUGAAAGGGAAAGAUUUUUCAUUAUUAAUUAAUUCAUGAAAAAGAGGAUCGCCUUUUUGGUAAAUCCAACCUAAACUCGUCUGAUUUAAAUGUUCACUGAAUGGAACCAAUAAAAAAAAUUUCACUAAUUAUACCAGUAGCAGUCAAGUCUAUCAGCCAUCUAAAUAAACAGAUUUCCAUGAAAUUAUUACGAAAAAUGGGCUUUUGCCGAGUAAAACAAAUACUUAGUAAAAAAAUUAUAGAAUUCAUCAAUUUUUUGUUUAGUUUUUUUCUCAUCAGUGACAGCCUAUCUUAUGUAAUAAUUUCAUAGAGUUCUACUCUUCCUGGGACCGAGUUCUAAGAGAGAGGGUUAGAAAUCAAAGACAAGGAGGGCCUUUGAAAUAAAAACCAAGCCGCAGACUAGAACCUACGACCUCUCUGCUGACAGACGAGUACUGGGUCAUUGCGCCACCACUAGGAUAAGCAUUUCGCUGAUGAUUACUUCUAAUACCGCUGAUGUUAAUCAGUAGGCAUUUCCUGACAAUUAUUUGGAGGGUUCAGUAGCAGGAGCCCAUUAGUAAAAGCUGAGGGGCAGCCUGGCUAUGCUUGAGCUAUACAUUGUUACAAACUGCAGCAAAAUCGAAGAUGGCCAUUUCUAGGCCUCUUUUUGUUAAAGUUUUGUCAAAUGUUUUGCGAACAUUUGGGCACAAAAAAACUAAAAAAUGUAGAGCUAAAUAAAAAUUCUGACCAACUGAAGUUGGAACUUUGCAGUUCAGAAAACACAAUUCUUCGAAAAAACCAUUUGAGCUUUUAAGUCUACAGCACGAAUUUUUCAAUUAAAAAAUUGACACAUGCAUGAAAAAAACAUGAUACCAUGGUUUUUGUGUAAACUUUUGGAAGUUUUCUGUCAAAAACUCAUCCCACGAAUGAUCACAAAUGUGUAUUAUCUCACCAUUUGUCAAUAUAUAAUUUUUGUUCCAUUCAUACUGCUCUUAAAUAUCAUCAAGUUUAUGCAAAAUUUACCAAACUCAAUUAAUACAAUUUAUUUAUGCAUGCCUAGAGCAUGCCUUGCCAGAAUAUUUGCAGAAUUUACGUAUUCGCUGCUAAAUAUUGACUUACAAAGUUUGUCCACAAAAAUUGUGGUUUGUGUCCUAAAAAGAAAAAAUUCUUUCCAACUGCUGCCAAGAACAAUAAGUACCUACUAAAAAAUAAGAAAUUCAACUUGAGUAUUUGUAAAAAAUCCACCUAAAGACUUUUCACUUAAAUCAACGUAUGCGAAAACGUCCAAUGUCCAAGACAGUGUUCCAGAGUUUGAGUGGACAAUUUUGUUGUAAAUUAACAACACAAGAUAGUUUAAGAUGUUAGGAAUGUAGAAAAAUCGUCUAAAUAAUCUCCUAAGUGUAAUUAAACGUUUACAAAAGAGAUCGAUCCUAUUCAUCAGUGUCGAGGGACAAAAGAAACCCCCCGCAAUUAUGAAACCCUGUAUUGGACAACGGACGUUUUUGCAUACGUCGAUUCCAUUAUGCUGUUCCACUUUUGAGUGCACAAUUCCUUUCUUGGCAAACCCCAAGCACUGUAUGUUUUCAUUUUGAUGCAUAGUACCAAUUAGGAAGGGCGAAAAAUAAAAAUAUUUUCUAAGAAA